AAAAAAAAAAAAAAAAAAAAAAAAAAAGGACGCCAGUAUCCUCAAGCCCUAUCUGCCCUGUGAUAGUCCGUCCCACCUCGGCGAGCAUUGACCCAAGCCCGGGGCCCCUCAAUCUCCUAAUAAGUCACGGGAAGAGCCAUGGCCCUCCCACUCUCGUCGGGCCUCGUGCCGACCGAGGUCGCCUUCCUCUGCGAAAUGGAAAUGAUCACCAUAGUGCCGCGCCAGAGACUCGAAUCCAUACCCAUGCUCAGCGGUAAAACCCCAGCCCUCCGACCCCCCCGGCGCGCCGACCUACCCCUCUGGCUCGCCCUGCUCCUCAAGAAACAGCGCCGCGCCAACAUCGUGCCACCCCCCUGGCUCCUCAGCGCCUCGCUCCAAGAACUCGUCAACUUGGAAACGAACGUGAACCCGGAGGGAUUCAGCGAGCCACCGCCGCCGCCGAUGCGGUCCGACGGGAGGGGCGUCGCCAGACCGUACGCUACCAUGACGAGCAGGACGGGGGACGAAGACGGAGACACGAAAGAGCUAGUAUUAUCCUCGCCGUUCCUCCCCAGCUGCACCCAGGACGCGCCCUCGGGCUAUCUACCGUUCCACUGGCUCGAGAUCGCCGAGACCCUGCUCGCGCAUGCCGCCGACGAUAUCCCGAAUGCGCCCGACGUCAGGGCCCUGCUGCGAGAUCUGCAGGAGGUAAGAGCCGCGAAGCUACGGGCGAGCACGCGGCAUCUCGAGGGCGGAGGUGGAGUUCUGAAGUUGAGGGGUGUGGGCGCUAUGGAGCUUGCUGAGAGCAGGGGAUUUGUCUUGAGCGUUGUGGAUGGGGUGCGGAAGCUCGGUGCGAGUAUUGAGGCUGGACGGCGCGAGGAAGAAUUGGAGCGCCGUGAGGGUGGAGGUGGUGAUGAGAGCGAUGAUGAUAUGGAGUUAUAAUAAGAAAAUUGGGGAGGCACGGAUGUACCGGUUGCAUGAAUGGAUAUGAACACGGCGUUUUGAUACCACUUUUCGGCUAUAGGGGUCGGCGCAUCUAUAUAUUCUCUCCUAAAGCAUUUAUGUUGCUGGAUAAAUAAAAGAACUGGACUUACACCCAUGCUAAAAUUACAAAUAUACAACAAGUCUACAAA